GAAGUGGGCAGCAAGUCUACAAGAGCAUGAUGGACUGCCUUGUCAAAACUAUUCGAUCGGAGGGAUACUUUGGAAUGUACAGAGACUUGGGUCCCCCUGGGAUAUUGAAGGCUAGCCGAUAAGGCGCAGCCACGCUGGAGGCAAAUAUUAAUGGUUCUUACAAUAUUGCUUCUACUUAAAACUAUAGGCUCAAGUUUUAUGUUUUGCCAUCUGUUCUGUAAUUUGACUUCCUGUCAUUAACUACUUGGUUGUCUCUUCACUGUCCUGUCAACCUGUCAUUGCUUGUUCUUUCCUUGACUCCAACAUUACAGUCUUUGUUAGAUCUUGCAAAUUAAUCUGGUCUGAACUAUUUUAUUUUAUUUUUUUUAAUGUUUUAAUACAACAGAUAAGUUUGUCCAAAGUCUGAAAUAUGUGUAGACUUAAAGUCAGCCUGUCUCGUCACUAACAACUUUUAAUUCAAUUUCUGUGUUGUCGUUAACAUGUUUACACACUUUAUUUGACUCAUUUUAAAAAGAAGAGAAACUUGUCUGAAUUUUAGACUCCAACUUUGUUUCAUUCCCCACCAUUUCCUUUUCUGUCUUCUUGUCAUUGUCUUUAAAAUGAUGCUUAAGUGUAAUGUUUCAUGAGAUAAUGUGCUUUGCCAGAGUUAUUGAAGCAGCUUUAAGUUGAGUUCUAUUUUAUGAUGUUAUAAAAAUAUUGACAGGCAAUGUCGUAUCUCUGUCAUUGGAAACUAGAUUGUGACAUCAAUGCUAAUUGUGAAUUUGUUUGUUCCUUAGGGGCAGCAGUAAACUUGACUUUGGUUACCCCUGAGAAGGCCAUCAAGCUGGCAGCUAAUGACCUCUUCCGCCAUCACCUUUCCAAGGACGGAAAAGGCUUAACAGUAUUCAAAGAAAUGCUAGCAGGGUGUGGUGCAGGCAUGUGCCAAGUUAUUGUUACUACCCCCAUGGAAAUGCUCAAAAUCCAGCUGCAGGAUGCAGGCAGAAUUGCGGCCCAACAACAGAAACCAGUGAUGAUGUCUCCCACAAAGCUGGCGGUGACAAACACGGUGCUGAGUCGCUCGUACAACUCGGGUCCUGUGAUGCCUGCAACAAGAGCCGUGUCGGCAACGCAGAUUGCGAAGGAACUCCUGCAAAAACAGGGCAUCCAGGGCCUGUACAAGGGCCUGGGGGCAACACUCAUGAGGGAUGUACCCUUUUCUAUUGUUUACUUCCCAUUGUUUGCCAACCUGAACCGACUGGGCAAACCCAGCCCUGCAGAGUCAUCGCCCUUCUACUGGGCCUUCCUGUCGGGGUGUGUUGCAGGAUCUACUGCUGCAGUUGCAGUCAACCCUUGUGAUGUGGUGAAGACCAGACUGCAGUCCCUCAACAAAGUAGCAAGUGAGGAGAGCUACAGUGGAGUUAUGGAUUGUGUGAGUAAAAUUAUGAGGAAGGAGGGGCUGUCCGCCUUCCUGAAGGGGGCAGGCUGCCGUGCUCUGGUCAUUGCACCUCUGUUUGGAAUUGCACAGGUCAUGUAUUUUGUUGGUGUUGGUGAAUAUAUCCUGGACAACUAUUCUCCAAGUUUCCUGUCUGUCUGAGCUGCAUCAGCAGGCUAUCUAAACACUGGGCGUGGCGUAACUACCGGCAGCUACAAUCAGUUUACAGCAAAAAACAAAAAUCAUCUUUAUAGCUUGACAGCUGUGUCGCACUUUGCACACUUUUGUGACUUUGAAACCAACUGAGCCCAUCAUUUGCACUUGAAUCUGUUGACUUUUUAAGGUGGUGGACUCAGAAUUACAGUGUUCUUGUGUCCUAGUCCCAAAACAUUCCCUCUAUGAGGGAGAGGAACUCACUCAGACCUAGUUUUGUGUUUUAGUUUUUCAAUUAAAAAAAAAAAAAAGUUAUUAUUAUUAUUAUUAUUAUUAACAGGUUUUCAUUUUAUAUACAUUUUUCCCUACAGUUUCUGUUUAUGUCUCAUCAUACAAAGCCUUCCACUUAGAAAUAAGAUUUGUGAUGGCUAAAUGUAUGGGGCCCAGUUUACGCUUUAAUUCUGUAAAUGUGUUUUGUAUUCUGCUAUUUUAAUAAUAUUUAGUUGGUUUAUUUGAUCUUGAGCCUUCCUUCUGGUGUGGGACCAUGAAGGUUACCAAACCUUAAAAAGCGUCCUCAUACAAAAUCCUGUUAUUGUUUGCCUGUCCUUUACAAAACGUGCUAUUAUUAUACAUAUUAAGUUUGUGUACAUAAUCGCCCUUCAGACCUUUACAUUUAUAUUAUUCUAAAUAUCACCGGAUUAUGUUGUAAUAGAGCAGAAUUUUAUUAAUUGGGUUCUUGGAGGUAGCAUUAUUCACUUGAACAUGAAUACUGUGAGAGAUGACUGUUGCAUACUGUUACUGUGAUAGAUUUUUUACACAUUAUAUCCAUUAAAAUGUUCUUUUCAUUCA